UGACCCCUUGACACCCAAAGUCUGAAACUCCACUCUCACAAUACAAUUUCACACUUCUCUCUAAACUAAUAUUCUCUCAUAUCAUGUCAAAACUAUUCACACAAACCACCGAAAAUUUGAUCUGAAGAUUCUGAACCGGCGGCGGCGACCACUCCAGCCACCACCACUGUCCAUGACCGCGCGAGAUCUCCUCUCAGUCUCCUAUCUCUGCGAUUUUUCAGUGCGAUUUCUCCAUUUUUCUCUGCGAUUUUGUUGUGCGAAUUUCUCAGAUUUCUGUGCGAUUUCUCUCCCUAUUCAUCACCACAACCCUUCCUCACGAAGAUUCAGACAACAUUAGCAAGGGUUGUCUGGGCCGUAAAUAAAUUGGGCCUGAGUCCAACAUUAGUUGAUCGGUAUCGGGACGAGAGUUGAGUGAGAGUGUGUGUAGCACGUUGAUCGGAAUGGAGAAGAGGAUCACCCUGGUUCAGACCGUCGCCACCGCCGGCGUUUUCUCCGCCAUUUCCUUCUGGUAUGGAUUCAUGUUCGGGAGAGAAUCCUCUCGCAAAGAGCUUUCUCAACUAAUCGAAGAUCUCCGUCGCGAAAACUUACUGGUUACUAAGGAUAUUAUCAAAAUUGCUGAUUUUGGCCUCGCCCGUGAGAUCAGCUCACAACCACCCUACACUGAGUAUGUCUCCACACGAUGGUAUCGUGCUCCUGAAGUGCUGCUUCAGUCUUACAUCUAUGGCUCCAAAGUUGACAUAUGGGCAAUGAGUGCGAUAAUGGCCGAGCUGUUCUCUCUUCGACCUCUUUUUCCAGGAGCCAGUGAGGCAGAUGAGAUCUACAAAAUAUGUGGUGUGAUAGGCAAUCCAACUACUGAAUCAUGGGCCGAUGGACUCAAACUUGCAAGGGAUAUUAAUUAUCAGUUUCCACAGCUUGCUGGCGUAAAUCUUUCUGCUUUGGUACCAUCUGCAAGUGAUCAUGCAAUCAGCCUUAUCCAAUCACUUUGCUACUGGGAUCCCUGCAUGAGGCCAACGGCUUUAGGGGCCCUUCAACAUCCUUUCUUUCAGAGUUGUUUUUACAUUCCUCCAUCCCUUCGCUCAAGAGCAGUAGCGGCGAGAACUCCUCCACCUGGAACCAGGGGUGCACUGGUGGAUGAUCAACAAUGGGUCAAGAGAUAUCCGGGUGCUCUACCCAAUUCAAAGCCCACCAAUUAUUUUCCAUCUCCAAAAGUACAACCUUCUUCAGGUGUACAGCGGAAGCUGGAUAUGGUAAAUCAGGAUGGAGUUAAGAAUGAAAAAUCAAUGAAGACUACUACACAAUCAAAAUAUCGACUGCCAGGAAAGGAAAGUCCAACUUCUAUGAACAAAGGAAGAACUACACGUGGGGUUUCAGAAACAACUGAGAGGUUGGCCAAUAUGUCUAUUGGUAAUCAAAGACAAGCCAUGGGGCAACCCCGCCCUCCAAUGAAAGCUGGAGUUAAUUAAAGUUCCGAAUCUCCUAACUUCAUGCUCAGGCCUACACCACAGAUUCCGACUGGAAGAACAUACCCAAGAAAAGUUGCUGGAUGAGAAGUACGAGGAUCAAUAUCUGAUUUACAUAAUACAUAUAGGGGUUGUGGUCGUAUUAUGUUUACUACAAAAAAAAAAAAGUAUUGCCUAUGUUAUUUGGUUGUCGUUUCAUACUGUGUUGUGGGAUAAACACAUGAGCUGAUGCUGUUUAAUAGGGGUAUGGACUACUAUGAUGUGUCUGUCAGAGGCACUCAUAAAUCAUGCUUGGGUUUGCUUGGUUCACAAGACAAUAAUCUAGAGAUGCUGGUCUUAAUUACAACACUUGUACUCGAUGUUUGAAUCUCUUAUGUUUUUAUUUUUAAUAAAUAAAAUGUGAAAGUCUUUUUGUGAGAAA